CAGUGUUAUGCCCAUCUUUAGGGGGGCACGCUAGCAGCACCCAAAAUUGUUUCGAUCGGGAGGCUUUUUCAACUCUUCCCUCCCUCCAAAACCCAAAAUAUCCACUCCACUUUCUCUCCCGUUUCCUCUCCUUUGGGUUAGGGUUAGGGUUUUGUGUUUCCCUUACAAACCCUCAAAUUGCAGCGUCAAUGGCGAAAUACAGAAGUCGUAGCAGAAGCUACAGCCCUCGUCGCCGCAGCCGAACCCCACCGCGUGGACGCAAGCGCUAUGAGGAAGAACCCCGUGAUCGCCACCGUGACCGCCGGGACCGUCGCUCUCCUGCUCCUUCCGGCUUGCUUGUUCGCAAUCUCCCUCUCGACGCCAGGCCUGACGAUCUUAGAAUUCCAUUUGAACGGUUUGGGCCGGUGAAGGAUGUUUAUCUACCUAAGAAUUACUACACUGGGGAACCACGGGGCUUUGGAUUUGUCAAGUAUCGUUAUGGUGAUGAUGCCGCUGAAGCAAAGCAGCAACUGAACCAUACAGUUAUCGGUGGACGCGAGAUAAGAAUUGUGUUUGCUGAGGAGAAUAGGAAGACUCCUCAAGAAAUGCGCACGACCACUCGCCCAAGUAGUAGUAGCCGACAUGGUGGAAGUCAUAGACGGAGAACACCACCGAGGUCCCCAAGACGCCGAAACCAUUCUUACUCGCGUUCACCAUCACCUGUUAGGUAUGACUCAAGGUCUAGGGAUGAUUAUCGCUCUCCAGUACGAUCUCGAUCAAUUUCGCGGUCUCCUCCCCGUGAGAAUAAGAGCUAUAGAAGGUCCCCAAGCCGUUCUCCUCUGCCUAAUGACAGAGAUUACAAGGGGUCCCCAAGUCCAAGGGCUAAUGGUCGAAGUCCAUCUGUUGAAAGGACUUCCCCACCAAACCGGUCAAGGAGUCCUAGGGUCAAGGCUCGUAGUCCUUCAAUGUCUCGUUCAAGAUCUUACAGUCCUCGCUGACGCUGUUGGGUGCAGUGCUGUUACUCGGGUUGUGUUUUUGUUAUAUCAACUAUAGAUGAUGUAUGCGGUAUUCUAGUGACGCAUGAAAGCUCUUAUAACUGUUGCAGGUAGAAUUUCUGUGUUUAAUAGACUAAGCUUUUGGAUGUUGACAGUGUAAAUUUUGGAUCUUAAUAGUAACUGUUUGUGUA